AUGAUUCAAAAAAACAUAUUUUUUCAAUGGAGAAAAUAUAUAAGCCAACGAAAGCAUUUUGAAUUUCCUAAUGUUUUUAAUUUUUUUCGUUCUUUACAUACAGAUCCAAGAAUUCAAUCCAGAAUACGCAAUCAAUCUGUUUUACUUUAUACAAGUUCUGUUUUAUUAGGGAUUUUUGGUAUUUCUUAUGCUUCUGUUCCUUUAUAUAGGAUGAUAUGUCAAAAAAUGGGAUGGGCUGGUACUCCCAUUAUUGAAAGUUCAAAAUUUACACCAGAUAGAAUGAUUCCUAUACAUGAUGCAGAAAGGAUCAGGAUUACGUUUAAUGCAGAUGUUUCGGAUUCCCUUGAAUGGAAUUUUGUGCCUCUGCAAAAAGAAAUAUAUGUUUUACCUGGAGAAACAGCAUUAGCAUUUUAUACCGCACAUAAUAGAAGUGAUAAAGAUAUCAUUGGGAUUUCUACAUAUAGUGUUGCUCCUGCACAGGCUGCACCGUAUUUUUCAAAAAUUGCAUGCUUUUGCUAUGAGGAGCAAAAAUUGAAUGCAGGCGAAUCGGUUGAUAUGCCAGUUUUUUUUUUCAUUGACCCGGAUUUUGUUAAAGAUCCACUAGUACGAAAUAUCAGAACAAUAACAUUAUCAUACACCUUUUUUAAAGCAUCUCAUGUAAAAGUAAAUAAUUUGAUAAGAGCAUGA